GCGGUGGGCUCGCGCCGCAGGCAGCAAGCUAGGCUGGCUGUCAGCUGCAGGAGCUAGCGGCGGGACGCUGCACAAACAGCGCUUUUAGACCGUUUAACUCGACUUUGUGCUCUUAAACUUGAGUCCUCCGGGUCCGAGCGGUAGUCUGUCCCGGUCCGAGGUUGUCCGUGUUGUCCACCCCGGCUGUGUUGUUGAGGCGCUCCCGGUACUUUGACGCUGUGUUCAGACCUGACCAGAGGAGCGAUGACAGAGUUCCAGGAGAAGCUCCGUCAGCAGCAUGAGGAGUCGAUGCACCGCGAGCUGGAGGCGCUGCUCAGUACGGCCAACAAGACCGAGGCGGAGAUCUCCAGAAAAGAUUUCGACGGCUUCAAGAAGCUCUUCCACAGAUUCCUGCAGGUCAAAGGUCCUUCGGUCGACUGGGUCAAGAUCAACCGGCCGCCGGAGGACUCGAUCCAGCCCUACGAAAAGAUCAAGGCGAAGGGUCUUCCUGACAACAUCACCACCAGCCUCAACAAGCUCGCUGUGGUCAAACUGAACGGCGGUCUGGGAACCAGCAUGGGCUGUAAGGGCCCCAAGAGUCUGAUCAGCGUCCGCAACGAGAACACCUUCCUGGACCUGACCGUCCAGCAGAUCGAGCAUCUGAACAAAACCUUUAACGCUGACGUGCCGCUCGUUCUCAUGAACUCCUUCAACACCGACGACGACACGAAGAAGAUCCUGCAGAAAUACAAACACCACCGCGUCAACAUCCACACCUUCAACCAGAGCAGGUAUCCGAGGAUCAACAAGGAGUCUCUGCUGCCGAUAGCCAAAAACAUGGGGAUGGGCGGUGAGAAUUCGGAGGCCUGGUACCCGCCUGGUCACGGAGACAUCUACGCCAGCUUCUCCAACUGCGGGCUGCUGGACAAACUCAUCGCCGAGGGGAAGGAGUACAUCUUUGUGUCCAACAUCGACAACCUGGGCGCCACCGUCGACCUCUUCAUCCUCCACCACCUGAUGAGCCAGCCGGCCGACAAACGCUGCGAGUUCAUCAUGGAGGUCACUGACAAGACCAGAGCUGACGUCAAGGGCGGUACACUGAUCCAGUACGAGGAUCAUCUGAGGCUGCUGGAGAUCGCACAGGUACCCAAGGCCCACGUCGACGAGUUCAAGUCCGUCACCAAGUUCAAGAUCUUCAACACCAACAACCUGUGGAUCUCUCUGCCCGCCAUCAAGAGGCUGCACGAGAAGAACGCCAUGGACCUGGAGAUCAUCGUCAACCCGAAGACGUUGGACGGCGGUUUGAACGUCAUCCAGCUGGAGACGGCCGUUGGCGCCGCCAUCAAGAGCUUCAACAACGCCAUGGGUGUGAACGUCCCGCGCAGCCGCUUCCUGCCCGUGAAGACGUCGUCCGACCUGCUGCUGGUGAUGUCGAACCUGUACAGCCUGGACGCCGGCUCGCUCACCAUGAGCAAGAAGAGAGAGUUUCCCACCACGCCGCACGUCAAGCUGGGCAGCUCCUUCACCAAGGUUCAGGAGUUUCUGUCCAGGUUUGAGAGCAUCCCGGACAUGUUGGAGCUCGAUCACCUCACUGUGUCAGGAGACGUCACCUUCGGAAAGAACGUCUCUCUAAAGGGAACAGUCAUCAUCAUAGCAAAUCACGGUGACCGGAUCGAUAUUCCUGCCGGAGCGAUGCUGGAGAACAAGAUCGUUUCAGGAAACCUGCGGAUCCUCGACCACUGAGGCCUUCUGGGAAAAAAAAAAAACCAGACGAAUCCAUUUGCACCUUGAAGAGACUCAAAGAGAUAAUUUUCCUUCUCUUCACUGAUGAACUAUCGCAGUUUGUUUUUGUCCGUCUUCACCCUGUAAUUUCAAUGUAAAGCCAGCCUGAAAGGGUCGAAGGCCAACCUCCUCCUCCUCCUCCUCCCUGAUGCACUCUGCAGACGUUCAGCUCAUCAUGACGCUUUUCAGGAGGAAACUCGCUGUUACCUCAAACAAUCGCUGCACAGUCUGAGCCGACUGCGGUCGUCUGUAUCUGCUGUCUAUUAAAGUGCAAUUUGGGUCAA